AUAAGAUCUUAAUCUACAAAACCGACCAUUUUUCCUCCGACCCCCACCUCGUGGAUUUCAUUUUCUAAGCUCCCAUUUUUGGAUAAGAAGGAAACUUCUAAAUUUCUCUGGUCCAUUAGACCAUCACCAUCAAUACAUACGUGUAUGCAUCUGAUAUGCGUAUUCAAUACUUGUUACAAGAUAUUUCAGCAUCUGGGUCUUGAACAUAUCGAAUCAAUCCUUCCAGUGGCUCUGUUUUCUGUCAUUUAUAGCAAGAAAGUCUGAAUCUUUUUAGGGUUCUAAAGGACGAGAUCUAAUCCAAUUUCGUGGGGGUGUUUGAAAGCGAUUCAUGAAAUCUCUUAGGGCUUCUAUUUGAUUUGGGCAUUUUCGAAGUGGGUAUUGAGAGAGACUUGGAGGGGUUGAUUUGUAGCUUCUUUCCAUGAGAAUUAAGCUUCUAGAAGUAUGGAGAAUUUGAAUGGAACAACAAAGAACAACCUUCAGAUCAUCAAGUAUCCUAAUUAUCAACCGUAUUCGAAACCGUUAUUAGCUUGGUUCGAUAUAAGGGUGUUCUAUGUUAGGAUCUGCAACUUUAUGGUCAAUGGCUACACCCCUGAAUAUCUAACUCUCAGACAUAUACCGUUGGAUCCCGAUACGAUUCUUGAAGUCAACAAUCGAAGAUGCACCCUUGACUCGGAAGGGAGUUCUUGCCGGCUAAGAAGGAACCGAGUCGACAAGAAGUUUGAAGAGGCUACGUUUGUGAGCACAGACAGUAUAAGGUUGUCGGGGAGUGUCAAAUUUGAGGUUUUUGAUGGGGAAGAUCUCAUUCUUUCCGGGGUUUUGGAGAUGUCGAAGACUAGUAAUGGUUUUGUUAGUAAGUCUAAGACCAAUGAUGCUGAGAGAUGGAGUAUGAAAUGUGAAUCAAUGAUUAGUCCUGGCACCAGGGCUUUGAAGGGGAAACAAAUUGCGGGUUCGGACUCAAUGCCACCGAUGAUGGAAGCUUAUGUUGCGGGUUCGUUUUUAGGAGCACCGGUUAUUUUGACCAAGACUUUGCAGAUUAGUCUUAGAAAGAAGCAAGGUAGAAAAGGGGUGCUAGAUACGAUCCCGGAGGGUGAAACAAAAGAAUCUCGGGACGAUGUUACAUCUCGACUCGAUCUUCAGGGUAUGCAGGAAGCAGAAUACGGACCUUACAAAACGGAAAAUGACUUUGACUACAAUAAUAGCCUUCAAUGGAGCAAACCAGAGUACGUGGAAGGCGAAGAUGGAGAACUCACGUGGUUUAAUGCCGGUGUGAGGGUCGGUGUUGGCCUAGGGCUCGGCAUUUGCCUUGGUGUCGGAAUUGGAGUUGGUCUUCUAGUUCGUACUUACCAAUCUACCACCCGAAACUUUAAAAGGCGGCUUUUGUAAUUCUUGUUACAAAGUUCCCGUCUUCAUUUUUACCGUUUGGUUAUAUGGUAUAGAGUGUGUUGAUAGCCGAUUGGAACGAGUAAAACUACAUGGAUUUGGAACCGCGAUUGGUUGUUUUUUUAUUGUUUGAAUUGUAAUCGUUUUUGUGUAAAUAGAUUUUGUUGAUCUAUAAAACCUUUAAAGGGGAGUAAACGGUUUUGUGCAGGUAGAUUUUGUUGA